AUCCUCGGAAGAAAACCCUAAUUCAAUGAAACUGGAUUAAACAUUGAGCGCAAACAUGAGCUGGAUUCCUUUCAAGAUUGGACAGCCAAAGAAGCAGAUUGUCUCUAAAACUGUUGAAAGAGACUUUGAGAGAGAAUAUGACAAGCUCCAAAAAGCUGACAGUGGGGCAGGGAGCAGCAGCUGUUCCAUUAGCCCACCCUAUUAACACCUUUUGGAAAGCCUCACCUGACUCUGGUCAGCCUCGCUGACAAAGCCGAGAGCGACAAGUAGACGCAAACAGCCUGAGAGGCUGGAAGAUCAGACAAAGAAGCUUCACAAGGACAUGAAGAAAAGCACAGAGGCUGAUUUAGCAAUGUCUAAAGCAGCAGUGAAGAUCUCGGCAGACCUUCUCAGUAACCCGCUGUGUGAGCAGGACCAGGCCUUCCUAGAGUCCAUGACGGCUUUGGACACGGCCAUGAGGAGGAUGGACUCCUUCAACCAGGAGAAGGUCAAUCAGAUGCAGAAGACUGUUAUUGACCCUCUGAAAAAGUACAGCGGCGUCUUCCCCAGCCUCAACAUGGCAGUGAAACGUCGAGAACAGACCCUGCAGGACUACAAGCGCUUGCAGUCCAAAGUGGAGAAGUACGAGGAGAAGGAAAAAACUGGACCGGUGAUGGUCAAACUACAUCAGGCCCGAGAAGAGCUGCGACCAGUCAGGGAGGACUUUGAGGCCAAGAACAAGCAGCUGCUGGAUGAGAUGCCCAAGUUCUACCACAGCCGCAUCGACUACUUCCAGCCCAGCUUUGAAGCCCUCAUCCGAGCGCAGGUGGUGUACUUCACAGAAAUGUACAAGGUGUUCAGCGAGCUGACGGAGCAGAUCGACCAGGCAGGUCUGACAGACGAGCAGAGGCAGAAGGAGACCGAGGUCAAACUCAACGAACUGCGGGCUCUCUCCAUCGUGGCCGACGACUAACUGACACCACCUUCUUUACUACUUUCUUAACUUCAUCAGCAACCUCUCAGGACCUACUCACACCAGUCCUCCCUCUCUGUGUCUCAUGUAGUUGUUAGUUAUUAUAUUAUACACAUAUAUAUAUAUACAUAUAUAUAUAUAUAUAUAUAUAUAUAUAUAUAUAUAUAUAUAUAAACAUAUAUAUAUAUAUAUAUAUAUAUAUAUUAGAGAUGUCCGAUAAAAUCGGCGUGCAGAUAUUAUCGGCUGAUAAAUGCUUUAAAAUGUAAUAUCGGAAAUGAUCAGUAUCGUUUUUUUUUAUUAUCGGUAUCGGUUUCUUUUAUAUAUUUUUUUCUUUUUUUUAAAUUAAAUCAACAUAAAAAACACAAGAUACACUUACAAUUAGUGUACCAACCCAAAAAACCUCCCUCCCCCAUUUACACUCAUUCACACUCAUUUACACAAAAUGGUUGUUUCUUUCUGUUAUUAAUAUUCUGGUUCCUACAUUAUAUAUCAAUAUAUAUCAAUACAAUCUGCAAGGGUCUGCUGGUCCACUAAUAGUACUAACCUUUAACAGUUAAUUUUACUCAUUUUCAUUCAUUACUAGUUAUUAUGUAACAGUUUUUAUAUUGUUUUACUUUCUUUUUUAUUCAAGAAAAUGUUUUUAAUUUAUUUAUUUUAUUUUAUUUUAUACAUUUUUUAAAAAAGGACCUUAUCUUCACCAUACCUGGUUGUCCAAAAUAGGCAUAAUAAUGUGUUAAUUCCACGACUGUAUAUAUCGGUAUCGGUUGAUAUCGGUAUCGGUAAUUAAAGAGUUGGACAAUAUCGGAUAUCGGCAAAAAGUCAUUAUCGGACAUCCCUAAUAUAUAUAUACAUAUAUAUAUAUAUAUAUAUAUAUAUAUAUAUAUAUAUAUAUAUA